GGGGUGGAGGGCGAGGGGGGCAGGGAGCCUCCUCGUGACUCAGGGCCUUUGGGCUUAAAGGCGCCGCAGCCUUGCGGGGGCGGCCGGUGGGGCCUCCGAGCCGCACUGCGGCCUCCGGGCGGCCUCGAGUGUCUGUCCAGACGGGAGCUGACCGGACAUAAAGGAGCACCGGCGCCCGGAACGUUUCUUUCUCACACUGCCGUCGCACGGGAGACCCGAAGCCGCUGGCGCUGGAAGCUCACGCCCCCUGCGGGUCUCUUUAGCACCCGGCGCGCGGUGGGGGGGCCCGGGCGGGACGGGGCGGGGCUGCUGACGGCGUAGACCCCGUGCUCUGUGGAGAGCCCCACGACGGCGGCGGUCUCGGCCCCUUUAAGGUGGAGGGCUCAAGCCCCUCGUGCGGCUUCCCAAUCCUGGGCAGGUCACGUGGCUUCACACCUUCGCUUGGCGCCGAAGAGGGAGUCUCGGGGGCGGGGCUGGCCAGGUAGUGUGGCGCGAGGGCGGAAGACUGGCGGGGCUUCGUGCCCGGGAGACCCGCGGGGCUGGCGGCAUUGAGGCAUUCGUGAUGAGUUCCCUUGAGGUAACAGGAGAAUCCCCAGAGGGCAGGUCUAAAGGCUUCCUUUUCUCCCCAGAUGCCACAUUCUUCACAGUUCAACCCUGUUGGAUCAUUCCUGUCUCCUUAUAUAUACAGGAGGCCCAUGUGUUCCUAUAGAAGCACCAGUUGACUGUUGUGUGCCCAAGUUUUAGAUUGAGCUCUUUAGCCUUGGUUGUUCUGAAGACUUAUACUUCUGAUUGGACUACCGAAUGCAUGUAUCUAUCUGAGGAAGAAGAAGCAGGAAGGAUAAAAGAUUGCUGGGACAACCAGGAAGCACCUGCUCUCUCCACGUGUAGUAAUGCCAAUAUCUUUCGAAGGAUAAAUGCCAUAUUGGAUAAUUCUCUGGAUUUCAGUAGAGUCUGCACUACACCUGUAAACCGAGGAAUUCAUGAUCAUUUGCCAGCAGACUUCCAGGACUCUGAAGAAACAGUUACAAGCAGGAUGCUUUUCCCAACCUCUGCGCAGGAAUCUUCCCGUGGCCUCCCAGAUGCAAAUGACUUGUGCCUUGGCCUGCAGUCCCUCAGUCUGACAGGCUGGGACCGACCCUGGAGCACCCAGGACUCAGAUUCCUCAGCCCAGAGCAGCACACACUCGGUACUGAGCAUGCUCCAUAACCCACUGGGAAAUGUCCUAGGAAAACCCCCCUUGAGCUUCCUGCCUCUGGAUCCCCUUGGGUCUGACUUGGUGGACAAGUUUCCAGCACCCUCAGUUAGAGGAUCACGCCUGGACACCCGGCCCAUCCUGGACUCUCGAUCUAGCAGCCCCUCUGACUCAGACACCAGUGGCUUCAGCUCUGGAUCAGAUCAUCUCUCAGAUUUGAUUUCAAGCCUUCGCAUUUCUCCACCUCUGCCCUUCCUGUCUCUGACAGCGGGUGGUCCCAGAGACCCUUUAAAGAUGGGGGUAGGGUCUCGGAUGGACCAAGAGCAAGCUGCUCUUGCUGCAGUCACUCCCUCCCCAACCAGUGCUUCAAAGAGAUGGCCAGGAGCUUCCGUAUGGCCAUCCUGGGACCUCCUCGAAGCUCCCAAAGACCCCUUCAGCAUAGAGAGAGAGGCCAGGCUGCACCGACAAGCUGCAGCUGUGAAUGAAGCCACCUGUACCUGGAGUGGCCAGCUUCCUCCCCGGAACUAUAAGAACCCCAUCUACUCUUGCAAGGUGUUUCUAGGAGGUGUUCCUUGGGAUAUUACAGAAGCUGGAUUAGUUAACACCUUCCGUGUUUUUGGCUCUUUGAGUGUGGAGUGGCCUGGUAAGGAUGGCAAGCAUCCCCGGUGUCCUCCCAAAGGGUAUGUGUAUCUGGUCUUCGAACUAGAGAAGUCUGUCCGAUCCUUGCUUCAGGCUUGCUCUCAUGACCCGCUGAGCCCAGAUGGCCUGAGUGAAUAUUAUUUCAAGAUGUCCAGCCGAAGGAUGCGCUGCAAGGAGGUGCAGGUGAUCCCCUGGGUAUUAGCCGACAGUAACUUUGUCCGGAGCCCAUCUCAGAGGCUUGACCCCAGCAGGACGGUGUUUGUCGGUGCUCUGCAUGGAAUGCUAAAUGCUGAGGCCCUGGCAGCCAUCUUGAACGACCUAUUUGGUGGAGUGGUGUAUGCCGGGAUUGACACAGAUAAGCACAAGUAUCCCAUUGGUUCUGGUCGUGUGACUUUCAAUAACCAACGGAGUUACCUGAAAGCAGUCAGCGCUGCUUUUGUGGAGAUCAAAACCACCAAGUUCACAAAGAAGGUUCAGAUUGACCCCUACCUAGAAGAUUCUCUGUGUCAUAUCUGCAGUUCUCAGCCUGGUCCUUUCUUCUGUCGAGAUCAGGUCUGCUUCAAAUAUUUCUGCCGGAGCUGCUGGCACUGGCGGCACAGCAUGGAGGGCCUGCGCCACCACAGCCCCCUGAUGCGGAACCAGAAGAACCGAGAUUCCAGCUAGAGGAGCUGGCCUUGCCCAGUGGCCUGUGGCGCCCGAAGCUGGCAGGUCAGGCAAGCAGCCUGCACCACCCUGCCACUGGCGACCAGGGAGCUGGCUUCCCGAGGACAAGGGAAAAUUGUAGUCACCUUUGCACUUGCUGAAUCUGUCUUUGUUUCUGCACUAAUUAAUGCACAUUGAGUUUUGUCAGGUUUUGUUUUCAGGGGGUAUACCAAGGGCAAGGACCCUUUGGCUUACCCUCCAAGCGACUCUGUAGUUUUCCCAGAUUUUAGUUCCUCAUUUUGCAGAUGAAAAGCGGGAAAAAAAAAAAAAAAAAAAAAGAACUACGUGUCCAGAAGGUAUUGAGGUAUUGACACGGAUGCCUACACCUAGGUUUAUUUAUUAAAAGCGCUUUUUUACAUUCCUUGCAAUACUGAUGGUGAUGAUGCGCAGGUCUCAUUGGUUUCAUUCUUGCAGUUGCCAUACAGUGCCUUUCCAUUUAUUUAACCCCCACCUGAACGGCAUAAACUGAGUGUUCAGCUGGUGUUUUUUACUGUAAACAAUAAGGAGACUUUGCUCUUCAUUUAAACCAAAAUCAUAUUUCAUAUUUUACGCUCGAGGAUUUUUACCGGUUCCUUUUUACACUCCUUAAAACAGUUUUUAAGUCGUUUGGAACAAGAUAUUUUUUCUUUCCUGGCAGCUUUUAACAUUAUAGCAAAUUUGUGUCUGGGGGACUGCUGGUCACUGUUUCUCACAGUUGCAAAUCAAGGCAUUUGCAACCAAGAAAAAAAAAUAUUUUUGUUUUAUUUGAAACUGGACCGGAUAAACGGUGUUUGAGCGGCUGCUGUAUAUAGUUUUAAAUGGUUUAUUGCACCUCCUUAAGUUGCACUUAUGUGGGGGGGGUGGGGUUGAUAGAAGUUUUUAAUCACAAAGUCACAGGACUUUUUUCUUUUGUAACUGAGCUAAAAAGGGCUGCUUUUCGGUGGGGGCAGAUGAAGGCUCACAGGAGCCCUUUCUCUUAGAGGGGGCAAGUACCCUUCCCUUAUAUCUUUAAUUUGAGGAAUGUAUGAGAUAACAGUUGCAGUUGACUGAAAUGCCACUGGAAUUUGAAAACUUGACUUUUUUUUUCUUUCCUUUUUUUUUUUUUUUUUUUUUAAAAAAGAAACAAAAAACCCACAAAAACUACUUGCCCCUCCUAGGGAAGCUGUGUGCCAAAGAACCAGUGUCAUAACCCCUCCCUCCUGCUGAGCUGACGUUGCAUUGUUGCAUAUCCCAGCUACUCUGUGGGUUUUGUGAAGCUGUGUGUGAAGUCUCUACCUCAUUGUAGUAUAUGCAGGCAAGACUGCACUCUCCUACAGAUGUGUGGAGUAAGCUGUGGUGUAGUUUUUUUGGCACAUAAUAAACACGUUGCAGCAGA